AAUGGCUGCCUCGGUGUUUGUUUUGUUAUGAAUGUUCUACCAACAAACUAAGUGUUAAAUACAUGCUACAAGGUUUAAGUCCUACUAAACUUAUUUGCCAAGAUCAAUACGUUGUUUAUUUCCAUUCAUAUAAGUAGGGUCUAGUUUGGGCUUUUUAUCAGUGGGAGUUGAUCACGGCGAUUGUAACGAACAUGUGCAGAGCUUCAGCUUCAAGUUGGGAUCACGAGUGAAGAGUAAUAUGAUGAGAAAAUGUGGAUUUAAGGCACGUUUAUAAUAAAAUGCAUUUGUGGACCAUCCAUAACUUAUAGUUGCAUGAAGAGGACUGCAGUCACAAUUGGAAGAUCUUCAAAAUGAGUGAAACUUGGAAACGUACACUCUCUCUUCCCCACCUACCCAAGAAGUUGAGUAGCCGAAGAAAUCUUCACGCUUAUUUUUCCAAAUUUGGUGAGGUUCAAGGGACAAAUGUGAAUAAAGAUAAUAAAAGUGGUGUGGUGGUUUUUGCCUCCCAUGCUGAAGCUAAAGCUGCAAAGAUUCAUGGUAAGAUCUAUGAAAAUAAACCUUUGAAAAUUCUGUGGUUUGAAAAUGCAUUAGAAACGACCGAAACAAGAUCAGACCCUAGGGCAACAGAUAAAGAAGACGUAAUUGAUGUUGAUGAUCUUUACAGUGAUGAUGAUAAGGAGUGUUUUGGAGUUGAAAAAGUGGCUGCUGUGUCUAGGAAGAAACUGGUCAAGGAAUUGAUAAAACCACAGGCAAACUUAUUAAUGAUCAAGAAAAGAUUAGGCUCAUUAAUUAAAACUAACGUUAUGGACCAGACAGAUGAUUCAGAAAGUGACAAGUCUUCUGUUUUGGUUAGGAAGUCUCAACCCAAAAUCGCAAUGAAAAAAGUGCUAGCAUCUAAACGGAAGUUACUGAAGAAAGAAGGGUUAAUGUCUGCUGGGCUCAAGAAGACAUCAACGAUUGAAGAAGUUGGUAAUCCAACUGUUGCAGUACCUGAAUCAUUAGAUUUAAAACAUAAACUCUCCAUGUUAGAUGAAAGGGAUAAAUUAAUCAGACAACAAACCGUCAAAGAUUCUGAUAUAAAGACAGCAGUUUCUAUCAAAGGUACGUGCCCUGAUAUGUGUCCUGAAAGGGAAAGAAUUAUUCGCCAAAUUGGGCAUCAAAUAGCAGUUUAUGAAAGCUUACCUGGAACUAACGAAAUGGAUGAGAAUAGAGCCAUUAAAGAGUACUCCAGGAGUUCAGCUGAUCAGAACGUACCAUUGCCUCAUGAACUACGCCCAGCACCCGUGUUGUCAAUGACAAUGAGCUAUCUUAUUACAAACAUCAUUAACCAAAUAGAUAAUCCAAAUGAAAACAAAUCUGUUUGGUUCAGCUUUUGCUGGAAUCGUCUGAGAAGUAUUCGCAAGGACAUAACUCUUCAACAGUUGUGUGACUUAGAAACUGUUACGAUCAUUGAACAAUGUGCUCGUUUUCACAUUUGCUGUUAUGAUCUUAUGUGGGGCCUUGAAGUUUCAAGUGGUUUUGAUGAUAAGAUCAACACAAACAAUCUCAUAGAUUGUUUACAGACCUUAAAACAUCUUUACGAAGAUUUGGCAAAACAUAAUGUUAAAUGCCCCAAUGAACCAGAAUUUCAUGGGUAUUUGAUUUUAUUAAAACUAACCGUUGGUGAUGUAUUUUGGGAAUAUCAACAGUAUGCACCUGAAAUUCAGUUUUCUUCUAAAGUCCAAUUCGCCAUUGAAGUUUACAUGGCUUUCCUUAACAACAUGUAUUCCAAAUAUUUUGGUCUGGUCAAAAAAGCCUCCUACCUUGAAGCUUGUUUAUUACAAAGACAUUUUGAUCAAGUCAGGACCAAGGCUCUGAAAAUGAUGUUGAAAGCAUAUUCUCAUCCCAAUAGAAAUGUUAGUUUAACUACCUCAUUUCUAGUAGAUUGUCUUAAAUUUGAUUCACGAAAGAAUGUUAUACAAUUUUGUGAGAAAAUUGAGAGUCAGUUGGACAAGAAAAUUGAUUUUGAAGAAGAUGAUAUUGAGGAUGAGUAUAUUUCAACGUCAUCAUACCUCAUUGUAGACAAGAGAUUGCCUAUUGCCAAUGCUAUAGUAGGGGAAAACCAACCUCUUCCUGUAUACAUUCCUCAUCAAGUCCACUCAAGUUUUGACGAUGAGGGGAAUUUGAGAGAACCAAUUCAGUCUGCUCCAGAUGAAUUUUACAGUUCAUAUGAUUCGCCUUGUGAUGAAACUGACACUAGUGUCCCGGAUGUCAAAACUGAAACUUUGAGCCAAAACCAGCCAUUUAAAUUCUCUCUUAGUCCCAAAGUGACGCAGGAACCAGUUUUCAGCCAAAGUGUUUUUUCAAGAUUAGGUAAAAAACUUGAUACACCAUCAAGCAAAAAGUUAUUUGAAACCAAUUUAACUGAAUUUCACUCCUCUAAGUUUGAGUUUGGCACAAAAGUUGAUGCUGAAUCCGAUAAAUCAUUUUACGAUGAAGAUCAAUCUGAACCUUUUGACAUGCAGGAAGACACAUUUGAAGAGAUGAUUUGUGAUGAAGAUUUUGAGGUCAAAGCCAAAGAAGAAACCAUCAAACCUCUACAGUUUGCAGGUUUUGAUCCUGCAGGAAAAUCACUCUUCGGUAACCUGCAAGCAUUUUCUAGCCCACCAACAAUGCCUGUUAUGGCUGUGAACAAUAACAGUACUUUUCACCAAGGAAGUGUAAACCAGCCGUCAAACAUUUUUUCAGCAGCAAAUAAUAGUCAGAAGUUACAAAAAGAAACUAACUUUCAAUUUUCUUUAACUUCAAAACCUAUAAUAUCAGGCCACUUAUUAUCUAAAACCUCUGAAAAAUCCCCAGUUGUUAGUAAAACACAUAUCCAGCCAGUUUCAGCUCAUGUUGACUAUCAUUCAGGGAAGAUUAAAGCAUUUUCAAUGUUUCAAAGUGAAACUAAACCUCUUGCUGAGAGUGAAGUUAAAACACUUGUAGGAUUCCCAGUUAAAAAAUCCUUGGAAAAACACCAAGAUAGUACAAAAAUAGCCAUGAAACAAGAACAAGAAAUAUUAGAAAGAAAACUAUUGGAGGAAGAAAGAUUGAGAAUUGAAGAAGCCAAGAGGGCGGAACUUGAGAGGAAAAAAAGAGAUGAAAAACAGAAAGAAUUAGACAAAUUGAGGAAAGAUUUGAGUGAAAGAAUGAAAGCGAAAAAUGCCAAGAAGUAUUUAAGACUCUGGAAAACUCGUAUUGAGAAACUCAAAAAGAAGAGAGCUGAUUUUCCCAUGUUACAACAGUUAUCAGUUGAAGAUCAUCUGCGACUGUGGGGCAGAAUGAAAUCCAUCCCUACUACUGGUGUUUUUCAACGAGCCAAAGAUAGACAAAAUUUAGAUAAUAUUCUUUCUCAUUUAUUGAAAUACGGCGUCAAUAAUUCUUGCAUUUAUAUCGGCAAAGAGUUAGCAGAGUUAUUAGCUAAAUCUGUCGCUAAAACCAUGGACAUGGGAUCUGUACGUCCAGUGUUCUGGAAAUUAGCUAUGUCACUACCCUGGAAAGACAGAUCUACUCCCAUAUAUUCUGUUUUCAACCAAAUGAUGAGAAGAUGUUGUAGAGAAACCUUUUACAGUAAGACUGGUGCUCAGCUAGGUUCUGUAGAGUCUUUAAUGACCUCACUACAGAUUCCUGUUCAUAUAACUGUUCAUGUAUGGGAUGAUUUACUGUCUUCUAGUCACUUGAAAGGAAUGGACGCAUUGGUUUUUGUUGUAGCGGAUGGAUUUGAAUCAGAAAAGUCUUGCUUGGACAGACUACGAUGCUUAGUGACCAAACAGGCUAGGGGGAGUGAACUCGCUGUAUCGGUUAUGACUAUUAACGGCAGUAAAUUUAACAGAGUCUUGAAAAUGGAACUAGAAGAACUCCAAGAGCAAGGUCAUGUAGCCUAUUGGUCAGUGAAUGAGUGGACUAAUUCAAGCUGUCUUUUGAAAAAUCUGGCUUUUUUGACAAAACAUGUAAGUGUAGCAAAAGAUAUUUGUGCAAGACCUCUUGGGACGCUGGUCAGAGAGACUAUUGAAGACUUUAUUUUCAGUGUGGACUCCAGUCAAGUGUACUGUACGUCACUAAUGGAUGCUGUUGAAAACCCCAACGUAGUUAUCAAUGUAUAUAACACUUUCUUGACUAAACUGGAAGACCUGCUGCUGAGUAGAAAGCUUGAAAAGUACUUUGAUUUUGCAGAGGAAUUUAAAUCACACAUUCCUCCAAGUGAGUUUGGAGGUCCAGAACUGAUGUGCGGCAAGCAGUAUGACUACCAAUAUAAAUCUCAGAUAUCUGACACAAUCAAAUCCCUCAAACUCCCAGAACUUCCCGGAUGGCCUGCUGACACAAAUCUGAUAGAUUUUGACACUCUGGCUGAACUUCUAGAAACUUACUGCAUGACUCAACUAGAAGAUAGAGAAGUAUAUAAGGAAGUUAUUAGGAAGCUAGCCUUUAGCGUCUCUCAUCCUCCGAAUUUGCUGAAUAGUUAUUCCUGGCUGCACAUAGUUGGAUUGUUUGCAGAAUCUAGAUUUAGUCAAGUAUUUGUUGCAAAAAAAGAGAAAGAGAAAAUGUUUGUCAUUUACAACAAACGUGAUCUUCAAUUGAUGAUCAAUAAUCAGUGGUGGAUUGAACUGCCAAUUGUCGUAAAUGCAUGCAAAUAAAUGUAAAUGUAUUAAGUUUGUGUAUUGUAAAGUUUUGAAACUUUUGUAAAAAAUAUUGUAAAAAUGUUGAUUGUAGAAAUCUGACAAUUGUUGUAUGUAAUUACAGUACAGUAGUACAUCUGUGAAUUCUGUUAUGGUAAAAUGUGUUUGUUUUUCUUAA